AGGGGCUUCUUUGGCUACCUUUGAGAUUAACGUUCAGUAAUGGCCAAUUUUUAAAAAAACAAUUGUUUAUCAUAGGCACCUGAAACCAUUGCUUGCUAUCCUAAAUGGAAGUUGAUGUGUUUUAUUUUCACAAAUUCAAAAUCCAAUGUAAAUCCGAAGCCUGUAAUGGAAAAAAGGUCUUCUAUUUUCUUUCCCUCAGGGACAGAGUUAUGCUGAGAAUGUGCAAGCAGAUAAUAGCCUAAUUCAAAACUUCAGGCCAGAUGUCUUUAAAAUCAUGCUAUCACUCAAAUUAGUCAAAGCAUAAACAAACAUUUGUGACUGACGUAGCUACUUCAAAUAGGCUAAUGCCUCAGUCAGCGUUACUCACUUUGGAACAGACUGGGAGAAAGCAGAAUCAAAAUGAAGAAUUUACUUGUGUUUGUCUCUGGUUUGGUCCUGAUGACCACUCUUACAGACACUUCACCAAUUUUGACUGAAAAAGAUGCCAAACAGAUGCUGAGAACUCGUCGUGAAGACAGACCGAGAAAAGCUGGUUUCCCUGAUGAGCCAAUGAGGGAGUAUAUGCUUCACCUCCAGCGCUUGGAGCAGAGAUCAGAAGAACAAUUCCUUGAGCACUGGUUGAAUCCACAUUGCUUACCACACUGCAACAGGGAUCUCGUGCAUCCAGUCUAACGGCUUUGCCUACCCCACAAUUGGUCUCUUCAUGGGCACUGAAGAGGAUAUAUACUAUGAUUGUGCUAAGGAGGACGAGAUUAUUCCUGUAUUUGCUACACACUCACUGUAGAGCUGAACCUCUUUGCAAUACAGUACAAUCCUAGUAAUACAGCAGAAGUUCCAACUACAAAUGGCUAGAUAUGUUAUAGACCACCAUAUAUUUUCUAACAGUAAUGAUUGCAUGCAUCAAUAAAUAAAUAAAGGGUUUCUCCCAGUUUCUGAGAGAUAGGCAAGUAUAAAUCACUGAUGAAUCCCAGAUUACACUUUCUAAGGGAACAGCUUUAGACUGUCAGAAGCAAAAGAAACUUAGAAGAGAGGUCCAUGGAAAACUAGAGAAUGUAAACAUGAAGAGAAGACCAGCUUUCAGGACUUCAGAGGAAUCCUUAAUUACAGUUUCCUAUGUUAAACAACAGUACUGCAAGGAGAUUACCACUUAUGCAACACUAAUCCAUGUUUAAUUGACUAAGUAUUUAAUAUCAUAAUAAAAGCUUGAUUCAAAUAA